CGCGGCUGCAGCUUUUCUGCAUACUCGUUUGUCCACUUUAACGUGAUGCAGUUUUAAGAACGUCUACUCGUAUAUUUAUGCAUUCCUGCAUCUGCUGUUAAGUUUGCGACAUUAUUUAAUUUCUCGAAAUGGCCGAAAAGUGUAGCGAGAGUUUUAUUAGUGCAAUGGAGAGUAGCGAUGAUGACUUCCAGUUUGAAAUGAAUGAUGAUAGUGCGAGUAGUGAUGACGGUACAGAGUCCAGCUAUGAAAGUGAUACCGCUGAUCGCGAUACAGUUCUUCCUAAACGGAGAAAGAUAAUGAAAAUCGAGAAUUUUUCUGAGGAUGAUGAAAGUGAAAAAGAAUGGCAUUCAGAAGAAAUAGAGAGCGUAAGUGGUAAAUGGGAGGAGGUUGCAGAUGAUGAUGAUGUACCCUUCAUGAUCUAUUUUACGACUUUUCCACGAACACCUGGACCGCAGAUUUCAGAGAAUUUAACAGAACCGAUAGACUUUUUCAAGUUAUAUUUUACUGAUGUGUUAAUAGACGGUAUAGUUAAAGAGACUAAUGAAUAUGCAAAGAGAAAGAUAGGACAAAAGCAUCUAUCUAAGAGAUCAAUUUGGCAUUCGUGGGAAGAUGUGACACAUGAAGAAUUUUUAGCGUUCCUUGGUGUUAUUCUGAACAUGGGAACAAUGCCGCUGGCUGAUAUACAGGAAUAUUGGUCAACCAACUACACCAGCAGAAUUCCAUUUUUUUCUGAUGUUUUUACUAGAGGCAGAUUUCAGCAGAUAUUUUGGAUGUUGCAUUUAAAAACCGAAAAUAUCGAAGGUAGAAAUAUAACGAAUCCUGUUCAGAAAUGUAAUAGUUUUCUGCAAUACAUAGACUCAAAAUUUAUGGAACACUUUAUGCCUGGUAAAGAUAUUUGCGUCAACGAAGCCGUGAUAAAAUGUACAGGAAAAAUGACCUUUAUGCCACAUAACCCAAACAAACCUACUAAUCGUGGUAUGAGAAUUUUUGUGGUGACUGAUGCAGAAACAGGAUAUGUUUAUUCCAUUUUACCCUAUUAUGGCAGUGUAACAACUGAGGAUAAUAUCAAACCAGAACUUCCAGUCAGUUCUCGAAUUCCUUUGCAUUUUAUUAAAAAAUUACUGGAUAACAAUUCAAAUGCUGAAGGUUAUCACUUAUAUACUGAUAAAUACUUUACAAGUAUACCUCUUGCAGAAGAACUCUUGAAAAUGAAAUGCCAUCUGACUGGUACAAUAAAAACAAACAGGCGGUAUUUACCAUCAACAAUUAAAGAGCCUAAAUUUUCUGAAAACAAUAUGGUAGCAUAUAGGAGAAAUAAUAUGUUAUUACUUGCCUGGAAGGAGAAAGAAAUCGUGACUCUUCUUACUACUUGCGGUUCAGCUGAAAUGAAGACCAUCAAAAAGAAGGUACGAGGUGGGACAAUAUGUAUGCAGAAGCCCCAAGUAGUAAUAAAUUACACAGCAAAAAUGCGAGCCGUUGAUCGCAUCGGCCAGUAUGCAGCAACCUACUGUUUUUUGAGAAAAUCUUUGAAAUACUGGAGAAAAUUUUUCUUCUGGGGUGUGAAUAUGUGCGCAUUUAAUUCAUACAUAUUAUACAAAACGACCAAAGCAAAGAGCAAGGAAAAACCAUUAACACAUUUGAAAUUCGUUAAAUUACUAGUUCACAAUCUGGUAUAUAAUUUUCGGCGAGAUAACACAUUUCGCACGCGCUCUUUGACUUCACAUAUAGAAGAAGGAUCAGAAGAAAGGUUAAAUAAUAAGCUGCAUAUAAUUCGAUGGGGACCAAAAAAAAAGGACUGUGCGGUGUGUUCCAACAGGAAAAUCCAAGGCGGAAGGCGAGAAGUACGUACCUAUUGCGAUACUUGCACUCGAAAACCAGGUCUUCACAUUGGAGAUUGCUUCGAAAAAUACCAUACCUUACAAGAUUAUAAAAAUUAAAAGAAGAAUUCCAGUUCUUAACAUUCGGAUGGAAGCGUCACCUUGUCCUCGUGGUAAACAUCAUCCAUGUGCAUUUUCCUGGCCGACGGAGAACAUUGAUGUGUGAUGUGUUUGUAUUCCUUUUCGUUUUGGACUUUCACUUGCGAGAGGCAUGUCGAAGACUGGGUGUGCUGCAACCGAAGUUCCUAAGUGCAAAAAAACUGUGUGUAUAUUAAAUAUUCUAUGAAUAUUCAGUGAUGCCUGGACUAUACGUUGAAUAUUGCUGGACAUUCUGCAGGAGUUGCGUAUGUUAAAAUGUACAUUUGUUUACCUGAACUUUCUUUACUCUUUCAAAUGUAACAAAUCACAUCUCGUAUAAUAAAAUUUCAUUACCACGUUAGAGAUUGUUCUGUUCAAAGAAGCAGCUUGAAAUCGAAGUUUCUGUGCUGGAUUGAUGGUAAAAUAGUUUUUAACGCACAUCAUAAAGAGUUUAUGCUCGUACAUGUAAAUAUGAACAAUUAAAUAGAAAUGUAACAAACCUGAGACUUCAAAAAAUGACGCAAAAUCAAAUGACUAACUCAAAUAUUUAGAUAUAUUAUGAAUUAUCUCGAUCUUUGUGGAAUAUGUUUGAAGUUAGAAGCUGCCAUAAAUGGUUACCAAAUGUAAUGAACUUUCUCAUGUUGACCACUUCCCUAAUAUGACUACCCCUGAAAGUGACCAGUAUUUCUUUUUGUAUUCAAUGUGAUCUCUCUACAGUCCCCUCCAGAAGACCUAAACUAUUGGGACCAUUGAUGAUCGAUCAUCUUAAAGAAGGUUCAUUGUAUAUUUGUUUUAGAGAUGCCUCAACAGGCGUUCCCGGAUCCAGCUGACUCCUGCACCUCACCAUCUUCUGCAGCCAGAGAGAACUGCGUGCCUGGAAUGGUCCUGUCCUCAUCGCAUCCGAAGAUGACCGAAGAGAGGUCCUGACCCCCCGUGGAAAAUGGGCGAGAACUGAAGAAGAUGACGCAUCAGGACUCUUGUUGUUGGCCACUGUCGACCUCGUCUAACUCGUAUGCCCUAAUUCCUCACCUGCACACACCUUUGCUUAGAUGCACAGUUAUAUGCAAAUGACUCAUCUUCUGGAGAAGCAAUUCAUUUUCCACCCAUUCGGCAGCAAAUGCGCUGUUGAAUUUCCUCUAUUGUUCUCGAGGAAAACGCGGAUUUCAGUGUGACCUUGAAACCUUUAACUGUUCUUUACUCUUGAUGGUUAUUUUUGGAACUGAACUUUUUUUUUUUUUUUGUUUGUUUUGUUUUUUGUAACAGCAUAGUUUACUUAUUUCCUCCUCUCUAGUCGAACUUCAUACUUCUUUUUUCAAUUACUUUACUUCGCACAUUUUAAUCAAGAAGAAUUUAAACAAACUUCCGCAGUGAUUCUGUUAGCUGGAUUUUCUGUUUUUGCCAAAUAAGAUUGGUAAAAUUUUUAACCUUUGUGACGCCAUGAAAUUCUGGAACCGGACAUAUAUUUCUCAAAUGAGAUAUAUACAAUAAACCCUCUCGGAGAAAACUACAUAUAGUUUUAGGUUAUUUAAUCUUUUGUGGAGGUGAUUAUCCAAGGAUUGACAGAUUUUUAUUUAUGUUCUCAAAAGCAAACGUCACAUUCAGAGGUUGUCGCCUUAGAAAAGCGGUCACAAGGAAAGGGUUUACGUUACAUUGCAUGCUUGAUGCCAUUGCCGUAUAGAGGUCCCAAAUCAUACAACGCAAGUAUGAACGACCAACUUGUUAAGUGUAAAACAUGUUUUCUAGAUCGCUGUUUUGGGCUAAUAUUUUUCAUGGAUCGACUCAAACAUCAAAUAAAUAGCAGUAGAAAUCCAGUUUUAAUAUUAAUACGAUACGGUGUUGUCUUAUACUUCAUCUCUCCUUGUCAGUUAGCUCAGGAGGUUUCAAUGUGUUAAACUGCAUAAAUUUGAUGGACUGAUCACUGAAGUUUUUUUUUGUUUUAAUAUCGAUCAUCGCAACAAACCAAGUUGUGUGCACUCCUGAUACAGCAAAUGAAAAAUUAUCAGUUCUUUAUAAUCUAGUAUAGGAACCUUCUUGCCCUGACCAUCUUCCCAAGACGACAGCCUCUAAAAAUUAUCAGUAUUUCUGGUAAUUUGGGUAAACGAUUAGAUAUCAUACUUAAAAAUGACCAUUUCCAAUGAUUGCGGAAAUCAUCUGAAAAAAUGAAAUUAUGCUCUGGUUUCUGUUCGUCAUACGACACAAAACUUCAGUUUGGCUGAUUUAAGAGAAGAGCUCUCCAUUAGUCUUAGACAAGACUUUUAUUUUAAUUUAUUACAACUUUGUCAUCUAUUACGAUAGCCAUUUUACAGAGUGGUGUCCUACCAAAUCGCACAUGAUUAAAUGUUGUCAUUUAUUUUAUUACAAUCAGUCCUGUAAUUUGGAUUUUUUCUGUUUGAAAUUUAAAUUGUUUACUUUUCUCCAGGAAAAUUAAUAUAAUAUAUUCAGAUAGUUCACGUAGUAAUAAUAAUUCAUAUUGAAAUUAAUCUAGCAAUACGUAUCCAUAUUAUCAUAGACAUAUGUGUCAUGAAUGGUUAUCUAAAUUACGAAGAUUAUUUAGAUCGCAUAUGGGUUACGUAAAAAAAUUGUCAAAUAUUUAUUGCACACAAAAAAAUUUUCCAUCUUUGCUAGAAUCACUGCGGAAGAUGAAUAAAAUAUAAAAAAACCAAAGGAAAAAAACUUUUAUUGCUUUUUUACCCUAAUUCUUACAAGAAAUUAAUUUUUCAUUCGAUCAUCCAUUCUCCUUUUCAUAUGCCUUCUAGGUCUUAUAAGAAAUGUUUUUGUCUCCUGUUACAUUUUUAAUAUUUUUCUUAUGAUUAACUUUUUUCACUCAUUUUUUUCUUUUUAUGAUUAAACUGAAUCAUGAGAAAAAGGCCUUAAAUUCCACAUUUCAAUAAGAGAAUGGUGAAUUGUAAAACGUAGUUAGUAUUCUCCCCACCAUUGCGAGGGGUUUCUGUACUUCCUUUGUAUAUUUGAAAAUUAAGCAUAGUAUUUGAAAAAUGAUUAUGUAAAUAGUAAAAACACGGUGUGAUCCGAAAGUCUUUCAAUAAUUUCAAAAUUUAUUCUCAAAUGAAAUCAACAACAUAGAAAGGCGCUUUAUAUUCAGUUAUGCACUGUUGCAUGAUAUGCUAUUUGUAUUCAUUUUGCUGAGCUAUGACACACCUAACUGUGAAAUACUGUUUGCACUUUGUUGCUAUUUGAUUUCAUUUGAUAACUUAACCUUAGAUAUGUGUUACUAGCCAUUUGAUCUAGUAACUUAAACGUAGGAAUUAAUGGCGUAACUUCUAACGACUGAAAGUGCAUGUUUAUGUUAUGGUACAGGCAUCACAGCUGUUGUAAACAGAAAUCUAAAUACACCGAUUAACAAAAAUUUCAACCUCUUAAUAUUUACGGCAUAGCUAGUCAUGGAAAUACACAAAUGUGUAAGAACUCGUGCGAAUCAUAAAAUUAUUCUUCAGCAACGCAACUGUUUGUAGCAAUUAAAGUGUAACCUACCCACUGCAAAGCUCUCAGAAAUUCAGUAUUUCACGCAACACAAAUAAAUCAAAAAUGAAACAUGAACACAUUUUUUUUUAAAGUUUCUCUGUUAGAAGUGACACAGUCAUAUUAAGACUAACAUGGAGGCAUUAUACGGACUUGUCCCAAUGCGCGAUGGCGAUUUCAUUUUAGGUUAUGCCGUUCUUGCAUGAAGGGAAUAAUGUUUGAAAUUUUAUGCCAUAAACGUUGUGCCUUGAACUUCGAUUGGUUGGUUGACGCCAUGUCUUUGUUUAAUAACGAAAUUGUCCAUGUUACUUGGGAAUCUUGCGCCAUGACAUGAGCACUUCAAAGGUUAGCGAUCCACUAUUUUUCAAAUCGGCUUUGAAAUAGUUAAAAAACACAAAACAAUAAUUUUGCGUAACAAGACCGUAUUUUCUGAACGUAACAAUUAAUUGCUUCAACGGCUACUGUGUGUUUUUUUUUAAUUACCCAGUAAAAUUAUAUUGACAAAGAUUCCUAGAAGAAAAACUGGUUAAAAUUAUUUAAAUUAAAAACAAUUUCUUUCUAAAAAUCAACAUUUUUUUUUGCGUAAAUGCAUUAUCUUAUUUAACUAACCAAUAAUUUUUUAUGCGUUUAUACACUUAAUAUCUCUUCAUAGGAUGCGGAACUGUUAAACAAACAGAGGAAGAAAGAAUUUUCAAAUCGUAUUUCUCCCAAAUACAUUUAGCUACUUUUCAAAUGUAGUUCAAAGUUAAAUCGAAAGACUUUUGAAUCACACUGUGAAACGUUGCCAUUUCAAAUCUUCUGUGCUAGAAAUUGUGAUCUUCUACCUCUCUUUUUCCAUCUCAGAUCUCACUCCUUUCAGCGAACUUCUACUUCUUCGAGGUCGACAGGUAAAUCAGCAACGUGGCGGAAUCUGCAUCUAUUUUCGUUCUCUGUACGCUGACGGUGAGAGGAGGGAAGACUCAUCGAACAGAAUGUGUCAUUGUUACUCUUGUAUAAAAUAAGCAAUCAAACAAACGAAAUGAAUAUUAUCAUUGUGUGCAAAAGAAGCGGCCGGACGUCCGCUUAUGUAUAUCUGCUUGAAAGAGAGAUCCUUGUUUUUACUGUGACAGUUUCUUCAAUAAAUAGAGAAGAACGACA